AUGGCGGCAUCUUUACCCUUGAUCUUUGCUACACGCACCCCUUCCUUUGACGGGUGUGUCCUUGCAUUGGUGUCCUUUUUGCGGUCAAAAAAGCUUUCAACAGACGGGUUAGAGGAAUCCAAAUAUAUUAAAUUCCAAUCGGAUAUGUCUCCUCAUCUCCACUCGGCAUUGAAUUCUAUCCUAAACAAAGAGGUCGAAGCGUCUGCAUCUAAAACAGGUGCAUACCUCUCGUACCAGCGGCAUAGGAUUGUCGAUAGAUUCUACCAUGGAGAUACUGGGAAUAUAAGAGUCACUACUGACGAGGCCACCGGGAAAAUACUCUGUUCCGUCAUCAAAGAGAGAAUAGCAGAUAUGCAUGUCCACUUUCCAAAUUCCCCCUUUGACAUUCGGAUUUCAGUGAGUGUGGAAAAACCUGCGUUGCUCUCUGAAAAGGAGGUCACUAAAAGAUCCCCAAAGUAUGAACGCAUCAAGAACAGAGUUUCAUAUAGCUUGCACCAACAAGCCAUACCCCAUCCAACUGCCUUCCUCAUUUGUGACCUGACCCAGGUAACUUCAAAUACCUCAGAGCCAAUGACCCAUGAAUUUGAAGUGGAACUUUGCGACCCCAAAAAUCUCACACAUGAAAAUGGUGCAUUUGAGUCCAUCGUGUGUGCUUAUUGGACAUCUAUUCGCCAAUUGGCCUUCUCCCUUGCAGGUCCAGUUAAAUUUUAA